AUGGCCAGAAUAAAGUCAAAGGACCUCCGCGGUAAGAAGAAGGACGAGCUCCUGAAGCAGCUCGAGGAGCAGAAGACCGAGCUCGCUUCCCUCAGGGUAUCCAAGGUGACUGGAGGAGCCGCCUCGAAGCUUUCGAAAAUCCGUGUUGUUCGCAAAAACAUCGCCCGUAUCCACACCAUCUGCAACCAGACGCAGAAGGCUGAGCUGAGGAAACUUUACGCCGGCAAGAAGUACAAGCCCCUGGAUCUGCGCCAUAAGAAGACCCGCGCCCUCCGACGAGCCCUGACCAAGCAUGAGCUCUCCCUCAAGUCCGCCAAGCAGCAACACAAGCUCCGUGCUUUCCCGAUCAGGAAGUACGCCGUUAAAGCC